AAUAGCUUCUGAGCUAGGAAAGAGUUCGGGAACUUGGUCUGUGUACAUUAGACCGUGGGAGCAGCACUUUGGAGUAUCCUACACUGCUAAGCUGAGGAGGAGUCACACACAAAUACAGAGAAGUUUGGAUUCUAAGAGGACCCUGCUUCCACCAGGAUGAAUUUUGCUGCCCAGUUAUUUUACUCAAGCUACUUGAGUGAGCGACUGGAACGAUUGUUUUCACCAAAGCCUGCACUUAAAAACAGCGAGGAAAAUGACCCCUUUUGGCAGAGAGAGGAGCUGCGUCUGGGUCCAGCAGAACCAGGCAACUCUUACAAAGCAGGGCUGGUCAGUAAUGGUGCUGUGGGCCGCAGACCGACCCUUAUUGAACCAGAGAGGCUGAAGGACUUUGGUGAGGAGGAACUAGUCAACGGGGACGUAAAAGUCCGUGACACCAAAGUGAGAGCAGAAACACCUGUCGUCAUGCUAAUGGACCCGCCCAAAACCAGAAGAGUCAGUGAGUUCAGGAUUGUCCCCAGACCGCCUGCUCAGUACCUGCGGUUUGAGGACAUCAGUGCUGCUGCUUUCACUAUCCAAUCAGGGAUACAGAAGACACCUUGCACGUACUCGCGGCUGUCCAAACAGUAUGGUAUGGAGAUCUACCUAAAGAAAGAGCACCUGCACUACACAGGCUCAGUGAAGGAAAGAGGAGCGUUGUACCUGCUCUCCUCCCUAACACAGGAGCAGCAGAGGAAGGGCGUGAUUGUUGCCACUGACUGUAACUUCUCUAUGGCUGUGGCCCACCAUGCUGUGGAGCUAAAGAUCCCUGUGUUUGCCAUCAUGCCGUCAUGUUGUUCCUCACCUCGUCUCCGGAUCUACAGAGAUUAUGGCGCGAUGGUCAUAUCCUAUGGCAGCACCGGUCACGAUUCUCAGAACCAUGCCCGCCAUUUGGCCAAAGACAAUGGAUACCUCUACCUAGAAGAAGAUGAAAGUGCGACCUACCUGGCAGGGCUGGGCACAGUGGGCAUGGAGAUUUAUGAGCAAGUGCCCAAACUUGAUGCAGUGGUGGUGCCUGCAGCUGGACAGUAUGGACUACUGGCGGGCACGGCUGCAGCCAUCAAGCAUCUCAACACACACAUUCUUGUCAUUGGAAUAGAACCUGAAGGGUUCCCUUUGCUGCGGCAAUCUCUGAAGACUGAUGGUCCCAUCAAAGACAUUCAUAGCAACCCCAAUACCAAACUGUAUGGAGAUCUCAUGGAGCGCUCGCUCGGCGUCAACACCUUCCAGCUGGCAAAGAAACUAGUAGAUAAAGUCAUCUCUGUCAGUGAAGAGGAUUCUUUGGUGGCGAUGUUGAGGUUUCAAGAGUUUGAGCGCUCUACGGUGGACACGGAGGGAGCCAUGGGAUUGGCUGCCAUCCUGGCAGGACAGCUGCCAGAACUGAGAAGCAAACGGGUUGCAGUCGUGGUGAGCAGCGCUAACAUGGAGCUGGAUUUGGUGAGGCAGUGUGUGGACCGAGCCCUGGUUCUGGACGACCGCGUCAGCAAGUUCUCAGUGCAGCUGGGAGAGUGGCCGGGAGACAUGGCGAAGCUGCUGGACGUCUUGUCCAGAGAGGACGUCAGGUUGCUGGACGUCAGUCAUCGGAGGCAUAGUGACAAGUCAAACCUCUUCAAUGCAAAGGUGGAGUGUGUGGUGGAAACCCGAGACAGGACACAAAGCACUCAGCUCAGGAAGACGCUGAGCGAACGCUACCCGUCUCUUUGUUGGCUGGAGCGAUGAUCACGUGACCACCAGUGAAACAAACAUACUGUAUAUUUAUCAUAGAAGUCGCACAUGAACACCAUGUGGACUGAAGUCACAUUCACACAGUGGAUGGACAAAAAAAAUGGGGAAAAGCAAAGCAACACUAUUGUAGAGGGAAUAUUCUUCCUAUUGCAUCCAUUGUUUCUGCUGCUGUUAUUUACUACCACAGUGUAACAGUGAGGGUAGAUAAAGUUCAUGUAGUUUACUCCAAUUAGCCAGGAGCUUGAAUCACGCAGUGCUGGUGCAAGCUUCCCAACAGAAGCAUUGACGUACGUACACACACAUUCAUACAGAACAAGCAUAUACAUACACAGUACACUCCAACACCACAGCAUUAGGUACACUCACAUACAUACCAGCUGGAUUACGCAGGUAACCAUGGAGAGCUGACGUUUUUGGUACGCACUGGACUGUGGAUAUAAAAUAUAGUACAGUAUAUCCAUUUCAAUAUACGUAUUGACAUUUUAGUGUUUUCAUAUUUUCACAGCAAUCAUUUUGACGCAGCAAAAAAAGUAAAUAGUCCACAAUAAGACACAAUUAUGCAAAAAAAAAGGGGGGGGUGACGCGUGGGACAAGGACAAGACGAUUUAAUGCGGGUGAAGAUCUGAAUAAAUAUGCUUAUUAGGAAUAAUAUAGGAAUAUUUCUGUUUGUCAUCCUCCAUGAACUAAGAAGACUUUUGCACAGUACACUACUGUACACUGUCUAGACUAAGCUGCAUAUUUAUUUAUAUUAAUUUGAAAUGACUGUAUAUAUGAUUGAGUAUUAUUUUUACUGUUGUAUAAGGUGGUAGUAUCACUCUCCCAAGCAGAAAUGUUAUCCAACUAAAAGCUACGGAGUUCACUUAAACGGAGGAUUUUGUUUUCAGAUGGCUCCUUAUUUUGGAAUGUUUGCCCUGACUUGGAAUUAAAAUAAAAUUAGUAUGGCUUUUUCCUUAAAUAUCUGUGCAUUCUUAACUUGUUAAGCCUGAGGGACUCGGAUAUACACGUGUAGUGUUCUCCACGAGUGUGUACACUUUGCAUGUUCACUCUUACAAUGCAUCAAUCCGUUUUCUAUGCCGCUUAUCCUCACGAGGGUCGCGGGGGUAUGCGGGACCUUUCCCAGCUGACUUUGGGCGAGAGGCGGGGUACAUCCUGGAUUGGUCAUUUUUCAGUAAAAUCAUUUUGGUGGUACAGUGACUUCUAAUUGUGUUGUAAUAGUGCGAGCAGUGGCCAGUAUAACAUUAUGUAUUACUAAUACAGUGGAACCGUGGUUAGCAUACAUUAGCAUAUUUUUCGGUUAACGUCAAAAGUGUACAGCAAACUUUUGCCUCGGUUCGCGUACAUUUUCUGGUUAGUGCACAAUAUGGCGCGUGUCUUGUGGUGUUAUGAAUACACUGCGUGAGUCAAACUUUGUUCUUAAAGUGUUUGUAUCACAAAAUGUCCUGUUAGCAUCCUUAGCUUGCAAACAACAUGGCAACCAGAACCAGAAGUCAGCUAUGUCGCCCGUCGAUGACGCCAUCAGCGCUUGACAUUCAAAAAUGUUAAACACGUUUUUACAGUUUUACAAAUGUAGUUUUACAUGUAUAAAACAAUUCUAAAUGCAUGUAAAUGACAUAUGCAACAUAUCAACCACCACCACCUUCAUGUUUUGCUAUGAGUUAUUUCUUGAAUUUAAUAGUGUUUCUCUCCUUUUUUAUCAAAAGCUAGCACUUGCAACUUUGUCUCCAUUUUGGCUUAUUGAGGUGUGAAACACUAUUGAAUUAAAAAAAUAACUCAUGUCAAAAUAGGAAGGUGGUGUUGAAGAGGAAGGUGUUGAUCUCGCUGCCACAUUGUGUCAUUGGCAACAAUCACGUCUUCAAAGAAGGUAAAAGCAAACUUAAAUGUUCAUUUAUCACUUUCACUCAUCAUUUAUAUGCAUUUUCACAUGUUUUUUGCAUGUAAAACUAUUUCAAAAAAUAGUAUUGUGCUACCAUCUUUGCCUUUCUGGAAUGGAUUAAUUGGAUUUACAUUAUUUUUUAAUGGGAAAAAUUUAUUUGGUUAGUGUACCUUUCAGUUAGCAUCAGACCUUCCCGAAUGGAUUCAUGAUGCUAACCAAGCUUCCAUUGUAUAUACUAAAACAAAUGCGUAAAAGGAUACUUGGCUGACACGGGUUUGUCUCAUUGUUAACAGAAGAACAUAAAUACAGUGGUUUGAAAAAGUGUUUGCCCCCUUCCUGAUGUAUUGUUUUGCAUGUUUGUCACAAAUGUUUCAGAUCAUCAAAUUUAAAUAUUAGUUAAUGACUACACAACUGAACACAAAAUGUAGUUUUUAAAUGAAAUUUUUAUUAAUAAGGGAGAAACAAUCCAAACCUACAUGGUCCUGUGUGAAAAAGUGAUUGCACCCUAAACCUAAUAACUGAUUGGGCCACCCUAAACAGCAACAUCUGCAAUCAAGCGUUUGCGAUGACUUGCAAUGAGUCUUUUACAGCGGUGUGGAGGAAUUUUGGCCCACUCAUCUUUGCAGAAUUGCUGUAAUUCAGACACAUUGGAGGGUUUUCAGGCAUGAAGCGCCUUUUUAAGGUCUCACAGCAUGCCAUAUGCGACACAGAUGCCACAGCAUCUCAAUAGGAUUCAGGUCAGGACUUUGACUAGGCCACUCCAAAGUUUUCAUUUUUCUUCAGCCAUUCAGAUGUGGACUCGCUGGUUUUGUUUUGGAUCGUUGUCCUGCUGCAGAACCGAAGAUUGUUUCAGCUUGAGGUCACGAACAGAUGGCCCGACAUUCUCCCUCAGGAUUUUUUGGUAGACAGUAGAAUUCAUGGUUCUAUUUAUAACAGCAAGUCGUCCAGGUCCUGAAGCAGCAAAACAGCUCUAAACCAUCACACUACCACCACAAUAUUUUACUGCUGGUAUGAUGUUCUUUUUCUGAAAUACGCCGUUACUUUUACGCCAGAUGUAAUGGGACACAAACUUUCCAAAAAGUUCAAAGUGCAUUUUGUGUUCAGUUGUGUUGUCAUUGACUGAUAUGUAAAUUUGUUUGAUGAUCUGAAAGAUUUGAGUUUGACAAACAUGCAAAAAAACACUUUUUCACACCACUGUAUCAUUCACAUACUUCUAUCAUACUCUAUUGAAACUUGGGAUUUAAAUUUCUUUGUAAAAUAUAUUGUCCAAAGCAUAGUCUGCACACCUCUGGUUGUUGCUACUUAGCAUUGAUGCUAACAGCGUUGUAUACAGUCCUUGUACUACAUUUAAAUAAUGUAAAUAAGCAAUGUUUCAUAGUACUAGUAGUAGUAGCAGUAUGGCCGCUUGGGGUGCAGCAAUACUGCAUGACCACUGAAUGAAGUAUGAACAUUAAAAUUUGUAUGUGUAUAUUUCAAGUAAAACAUUUAAGACAUUC